GUGAUGUCGACAUCCUUGAAUAUCCUUCUCAUUGGCAGCGGCGGGCGGGAGCACGCUCUCGCCUGGUCUCUCGCCCGGUCUCCCCUCGUUGAGCACGUCUAUGUCGCCCCAGGAAACGGCGGUACAGCUCAGAUGGCUGGCAAGGUGACAAAUGUUGACAUUCCCACGACCAACUUUGAGAAGCUGCGGGACUUUGCCGUGACAAAUGAUGUCAACCUGGUCGUACCAGGCCCCGAACAACCUCUGGUCGACGGCAUAGAACCCGUGUUUCAACGUAUCGGCAUCCCUGUAUUUGGGCCUACUCCACUUGCAGCGCGUAUGGAAGGAUCCAAGUCGUUUUCCAAAGAGUUCAUGGCCCGGCAUUCCAUUCCCACAGCGGCAUUCCGAUCGUUCCGUGCGGAGGAAUACGAGACUGCGUGCAAGUAUGUAAAUGAGUGCGGGCAUAGGGUCGUCCUCAAAGCCUCAGGACUCGCAGCGGGCAAGGGCGUGCUUAUUCCUGAAACUGUAGAGGAGGCUCUCCGUGGUUUGGAGGAGAUUAUGGUAUCGAAGGUCUUCGGUUCAGCAGGGGACGAAGUCGUCAUAGAAGAGUUCCUCGAGGGUCCGGAGCUGAGCGUACUCGCUUUCUCAGACGGGUACAGUAUUCUUCCCCUCCCCGCUGCACAAGACCACAAACGACUGCUCACUUCCGAUCGCGGGCCGAAUACAGGGGGGAUGGGCGCAUACGCCCCCGCUCCAGUCGCUACACCACAAGUCAUGCAGCGAAUCAUGAAGGAAUCGCUCGAGCCUACGAUCAGGGGGAUGAGGAAGGAUGGAUAUCCCUUCGUGGGUAUGCUGUUCACGGGAUUUAUCCUGACCGAGCAAGGCCCGAAGGUGCUGGAGUACAACGUGCGUUUCGGCGACCCGGAGACACAAGCUCUCCUCCUCCUUCUCGAGAGCGAUCUGGCGGAGAUUCUCCUCGCCUGUGUCGAGCGGCGACUCGACUCUAUCACUUUAAAUGUCAGACCUGGAUUCGCGGUUAGUGUGGUGCUCGCUGCGCAGGGUUAUCCGGGCAGUUAUUCGAAGGGCGACCUGAUUACCUUUGAGGGACUGCCAGAGGGCGCUCAAGUGUUCCAUGCGGGAACAUCAAUGAAGGAGGGGAAGGUAGUCACUGCAGGUGGGAGAGUAUUCGCGGUGGCUGCGUACGGCGACAGCAUUGAGGGUGCUUUAAAGUUGGCGUAUGACGGAGUGGACAAGGUGCGAUUCCAAGGGAAGCAAUUCAGGACGGAUAUUGGACAUCGCGCACUCUCCGCCUCAGAACCGCAGUCCAAGGGACUCACGUACGCCGAAGCAGGUGUCUCAAUCGACGCCGGCAACACCCUCGUAGAAAUCAUCAAGCCGCUAGUCAAAUCCACACGCCGCCCAGGGGCGGAUGCGUCCAUCGGUGGAUUCGGAGGUGUGUUUGAUCUCGCCGCCACCGGGUAUCGGGACCCACUACUCGUCGCUGGCACGGACGGAGUGGGGACCAAGUUACGUGUAGCGAUGGACGUGGGGAAACACGACACGGUCGGCAUCGACCUCGUAGCGAUGAGCGUGAACGACCUGAUAGUGCAGGGGGCAGAGCCUCUGCUUUUCCUGGAUUAUUAUGGUUGUGGCAAGCUGGACCCGCAGGUAUGCGCAAGUGUUGUCAAGGGAAUUGUGGAAGGAUGCAAGGAUGCGGGAUGCGCGUUGGUCGGAGGGGAGACGGCGGAGAUGCCGAGCAUGUAUGCAGGUGAUGAUUACGAUCUAGCUGGCUUCGCUGUCGGGGCUGUUGAGCGCUCCCUCCUCCUCCCGCGGGCUAAUAUCAAACCCGGAGACAUCCUUCUUGGCCUCGCCUCCUCGGGCGUGCAUUCCAAUGGCUUCUCCCUAGUGCGGAAGAUCGUUUCCCUAUCCGGGCUCUCCUACUCCGAUGUCACCCCAUGGGACAGCUCACUCACACUUGGAGAAGAACUGCUCAAGCCCACGCGGAUUUACAUUCGCCAGUUGCUGCCUGCGGUCAAGCGGGGCUUAAUCAAGGGAAUGUCACACAUCACUGGUGGCGGUUUUACAGAGAACAUUCCUCGCGUCCUCCCAGCCGGGUUGGGGUGCACGCUCGACCUCUCUACUUGGAGCCGACCGCACGUGUUUGCUUGGCUCAGUCAGCUAGGCGGUCUCAGCAGCCAGGAGAUGGCAAGAACAUUCAAUAAUGGAAUUGGUAUGGUGCUGGUGGUUGACGCGGCCCAAGUAAGUGAGGUGAUAGAGUGCAUCCAGAAAACAGGAGAGAAGAAGGUGUUUAGAAUUGGGAGGGUCACCGACAUACCGGGUGUGGUACUGGAGCACCUCGAGGCAUGGAACGCAUAGUAGUCUUGGGGUAUGUACUUGUAUGGUAUUGAAUUAAACAAUAUUGAAAUUCG